AUGAUAAAACGUCAUAAUAACUAUAGGCGAGCGUUUUGUGUCGUUCAGUUCAUAGAAUUGCCUUUUGAAGGUAUUGAUGACUACGUAUGCGUGCCGUCAACUUGGCUGAUAGUACGAAAAGCGACGGAUCAGAAGGCCGUUGUUGCGUACCCUAAAGACGAAGAUCCUUUCAACACCAGAGAUCGCGUUAAAAGGAAGGAAAGACACAAUGACGAGUGGAGUUUUUAUAUGGCUAUCGUUAAAUAUGAAUCAGAUAGUUACGGAGAUGCAGAAUAUUGGAUUGCGACGAGAAAUGAUUAUGGACCUUUAGUGGAACAAGAAUUAAAAACAACAGAUUCAGAACCAAAGUUCCCGUUAAACAAGAAAUUGCGUAUUGCCAACCGAAACCAUUCGUCGAAAUUAAAUAAUAAUCCUCGGAAACCACUGCCAAGAAUAUUAAUUAAGCGACCAGCACUACCAGUACCGAACAAACAACUUGAUGGGAAACGGAUGAAACUCGGUGACGCUGCUCAGUCAUCUAGCGAUCUGAUGCGAAAUCAUAGUGAACGUGCACUUGUUAAUGAAAAUCAUCUAAGCGAAAUUGACAAUACGUUGCAAACAGAUGAGUGGAUGGAAGAAGAAACUCCGUCAGCGCAUCAUGGGGCAAAUUCAGAUUCCGAUAUUGGUACCGAUCAUGAAGUAAUCUCAGAUCAUGAGAUGUCUGCAGAUGAAGUACCUAUUGAAAGAACGAAUAACUCUUACGGCCCUGGAAUCACCUCUGGAAGUAGCUGUGCAGACAGACCGAUAGCUGCACAAAACUCCACGAACCACCAGACGCAUUCUAAAGUUGUAUUGGAGCAGGAAAUGUUGGACAACUUCGCUACCCUCUUCACUCAAAUGGGGUCUACUUUGCGUUAUACUACUGAUAUGUACAACACCUUACGGAGUUCGAUCCUUGACACUGCCCAGACAUAUAAAAAGUUACUGGGUGCAGUCGAACAAUUCAAUUCAAUGCAAAAUUCAAUCAGCAAUAAAUCUUUUUCGAUUAACUUGAAACCAGAAGUCCGUCGGUUUCCUAAAAAGAGACACACUGAAGUAACAGCAAGUACUAGUUCAAGUACUCAAGAUCAACAUAGUAAUGACGAUGCUAACAAACCACCGAAGAAAAAACGCAACUCAUGGCGUUUUGUUCUACCAUCGGAAUAUGAUCCUCGUGAUACCAGAUGGACAUUAAAGUAUCGAAACAAUCUGCCAGGACUCGUAGAACUUAUUCCUCAAAGUGGUGUUUACGUCAGCUACGGAGACCUCAAAUACUGUCAGCAUGUAUCAAAAGAUUGCAAAUCAUUAGCACUACGAUUAUUACCAGCAGUAUUCAACAGAAAAGCAUUGAGUGUUUGUUUAUCAAUCACUGAGAGGGCGCAGGCUUCUGAUAAUGUUCGAUCUAAUGCAAGGCCAGAAUUAGAUGAUCACGCGUGUACGGUACUGUUGAAUUUCGUUUUAGGACACGGACUACAACGUGGUUGGAGUACUGACUUACAACCUAUCCUCAGUACUUUACACAGUAAGAUUAAAAAGAUUCGGUUGAAAUAUGGUGUGGUGGUUGAAUGU